CCUGGACCCCGAAACUUUUCCCAAAUUCCUUGAUUCCCCCAACCCCUUAACCCAAAAAAGACCCAUAUACAUAUAGAUACAUCUCCGAGUCUGUACGACAGGGAUCGAUCGAUCUUUGCUCAUUUCUAAAACCCCGCUGCGAUUUCAUCUUCAUAGCGAUGCUGUUUACAGAGAAGAAUUAAUUAUGUAGAUACGGCGAUUUCGCAGUCAUUAUUAUUCCUAGUGUGAUUGCGGUUUAUUUGCAUACAGUCUCCCAAGUAAGCUGAAGGGUCUUCAGGAAACAGAGGACCCUGACACUUGGUUCAAUUAAGAAUCCCAGCUGUAGUCGGCAAUAGCUUCUUAGAAGUUUUCUUGGUUAGUUUCCAUACAAUGCCAGCUGUUCAGAAGCUUUACAACGCUUGUAAAGCAUCACUUACACCUAAUGGACCCAUCUCAGAAGAAGGUCUAGAAAAAGUUCGCAAUUUAUUAGGUAGAAUCAACUUAUAUUUCCUGUUGUGGAUAUCUGUUCCAGUUCAGAGAGAAGGAAAAAGAACUUGUUUUGAAACUGGUGUAAGUUGCUCGCUUGUUCUAUUUACACUCCUCCUUUUUCCAUCAGAAAAAAUCAAGCCUGCUGAUGUUGGUCUUGAGCAAGAGGCACAACUAGUAAAGAAUUGGAAAGGUUCCCUCAGUGAAAGCAAUGGCAGUCAUCGUUCGUUUCCCACAAUCAAAUACCUGCAUGUGCAUGAGUGCGAUGGCUUCUCUAUGGGAAUAUUCUGUAUGCCACCUUCCUCUAUCAUUCCUCUUCAUAAUCAUCCUGGGAUGACGGUGCUGAGUAAGCUUUUGUAUGGUUCAUUGCAUGUAAAAUCCUAUGAUUGGAUCAAUGCACCUGGGACUUCCGAUCCAUCUAAAGGAGCCAGGCCUACAAAAGUUGUGCGGGACUGUGAAAUGAAAGCCCCAUGUGACACAACGAUUCUAUACCCAACAAGUGGAGGAAACAUUCACUGUUUCAAAGCUAUAACUCCGUGUGCCAUCUUCGACAUCCUUUCUCCGCCUUAUUCUUCUGAGGAUGGACGGCAUUGCACCUAUUUUAGAAGAUCCCCAGCAGAGCUACCUGGAACUAUUGAAGUGGACGGAGUAACAAUAUCCGAAAUUACUUGGUUAGAAGAGUUUCAGCCUCCGGAUGACUUUGUGAUAAGGAGGGGACAAUACAAGGGACGUGUCCUUAAAACAUAAAGAUGAUUUUUGGUAUUAUAAUGUUUACAUCUCAUUUGGCACUGUAGACUGUUGGAAGUUAUUUGCUGCUAUUUUAAAGCAUGUCUCAAGUGUUGCAGAAUUAGACAUUUGAGCUGUACAUAAUUUGAGGUAUAAUAAUAUGUUAUUUCAUUGGCCAGACCACCUUCUCUAUUAGCUGGAAAUUGGUAUGCCUGAGAUGAGUUAAAUCCUUUGUCUAAUGUUACUUCUUGGUUUUACUGACUUGUUUUUGUUGAACUGUUGCCACAUCAUAUAAAAGAUCACAGUUGAUUGGUGCAGGAUGACUACCCACCUACCGAAACUACAGCCUUACCAUCGAUUUUCGGGGCGGGCCAUUAUCCGACUCUGAGCCCUAGUUUGGUGCAAAGACUUAAAAUGUAUUGCAAUUCAGUUUGAUUUGAUGGCUUUUAGAUUGUUUGUGCAUGUGGUUUGGUUUACUUUGUGUUUUCCAUUGUUCUUGUUCCCCCAUCCCCUUUUCCCUGUUAAAUAAAGUACACCUUAGUUUGGGUGUAACUUAUUCGUUAGAACCUUUUGCACGAGUAAAUAAUGUUAAAAAUUGUUUUUAUAAAAAAAAUGUUGGGUAACCUGUUUACACAAAAAUUCUAUGUAAUUAUCA